AUGCUGCCUGAGCAAGGCGACUCUCCGCCGUCUCCCCCUCGCGACGCCGGCGUUGGAGCCUGGGGGUUUCCGAACGGCACACAGCCCAGGCUUCCCGCUUGCUUGGACGCCGUUCGGUGCGAAUACUCUGCUGCGCAGCAGGCUCACGUUCUCCACUUUCUCUCUCAGCUUUCGCCGUCAGAACAGAGCGCGUUUGCGCGCCAGCUCGCCUACUACGAUCCCUGCAGAGUUUCCAGCAUCUUCCGAUCAGCUCUCAAGCGCCACCAAGACAAGGCUGCAGCCGCGACGGACGCUCAAACGUCAGAAAGGCAGCGCUCGGUCGCUGCGCCUGCCACAUGCGCAGCUGGUUCGGCCUCCGCUCCUCUGCCUGCCGAGGCGAGGGGUGUGAAGUCCCGCGCGGUGUCAGAUGCAUGCGCAGGCAAAGCAGCGCGGGAGGGGAAAGACGGGGGAAACGGUUCCGCGCGGAAAGAAGGCCCGCAGCUGGACGGUGAUGAGGCCUCGUGGGUCCAACUCCCGUCAAGGUGCUGUCGAAAGACGUGCUUUCCUCCAGAUGUGAUCUCCUGGAGUAAACAGGCUGGCGCCGAGGACUCGGGUGACGAGAGAGGCGACUCGGGAGGGUCAGGGGAAUCUCGCGACGAUGGCGGAUGUCUCGCCAGUCUCUACGCCCGAAUGGAGACGAGCGCCUGUCCUCUCGUUCGCCUAGACGCCACCCCGGAGCGCGUGCGACGCCACUGGUUCUCCCUGGGUCUAAAACUGAUUCGCGACGGGCGCGUGGCGGUGCUCGUGUUGGCGGGAGGCGACGGCACGCGCCUCGGCUUCUCCGGGCCCAAGGGCGUUCUUCCUGCGGGCCCCCUUUCGAGGAAGAGCAUCUUCCAAAUCUUUGCGGAGCGCAUUCGGCGGCUGUGCCAGCUAGCUGAGGACGCACCGGAAACCGCAACCCCGGCGAAGCACAGGAUAGCCGAGGAGACAGAAGAGACCGAAGAGACAGAACACACAGAAGAGAGAGGGGAGGAAGGCGGGAGCAGGAAGGUGUUGAGGCCCGAUUGCGGCGCCACGGCGACAUCCCGGAAGCCCCCACGCGUCUCCUUGCCGCUGUUGAUAAUGACGAGCGAACGAAAUGACGCCCAGACUCGCGCGUUCUUCGCAGAAAAUGACUACUUUGGCCUCUCGCCCUCCACUGUCUCCUUCUUCGUGCAACCCUCCCUGCCGACGUUCUCGCCGGACGGCCGCAUCCUCCUCCAGUCUCCCGGAUGCAUGCACACCGCGCCGAAUGGCAACGGCGGAGUGUUCAGCGCCCUGGCGACGUCGGGCCUUCUGGGGCAGCUGCAGCGACAGGGCGUCGUGGGGAUCCAGGUGUGCAGCGUCGACAACCUCCUCGCGAAGGUGGGCGAUCCUCUCUUCUUCGGGAUUUGCGUGGAGGCGAAAGUGCCGGUCGGAAACAAAGUUCUGGCUCGGCGCCACCCGUACGAGAAGGUCGGCGUCAUGUGCCAAGUCCUUGCUGAGCCUGCAGCUGGCCAGGAAGAGGAUCCACGGGGAAGUGAAGACUGCGAGGGGACGCGGAUCGGGAACGGGGACAGGAAGGGGGCCGGGUCCACGACAAAUGGGAAGAAUGGUGAAGAAAGGUCGGCGUCGCGGAGAGGAAGGCGACGCAUUCCGGCCGUCAUCGAAUACUCGGAACUUCCGGACGAGGUGCGUUUGGCGCGAAGGGAAGUGAGUUCGGCUUCUGGAGACACCGGGCGAGCUGGGGCCGCAGAGGCGAGUCGGACGCCGGCGGAGAAGGCGCUGCUGUUUGAGUGGGGGAAUGUUUGCCUGCACUAUUUCGACCUCGGGUUUAUCAGCGCGGUGUUGCGCAACCGGCGCACUCUGGACGGGGCGUACCACCUGGCGAUGAAGAACGUCGACGCGAUGCUCCCACGCGGCGACGAGGGCGACUCGCGGGUAGGGCCGGUGACGGAGAUCCGGUGCCAGGACGGCACAGGCACCGUCGAAAAUGGCGAGGCCAUUCCAGUUAAACAAGGCUUGAAGUUGGAGCUUUUCAUCUUCGACGUCUUCGCCCUCGCCUCCCGCGUUCUGUGUGUGGAGGUCUGUCGGACUGAGGAAUUUAGCCCCAUCAAGAAUGCGAGUCCCGUUCCCGAUCCGAGCCGGCUGUCGGAGGUUGCAGAAGACACCCUCUUCAGCGCCCAACGCGAUCUGUCGCGAUUGCACUGCUCGUGGCUGAGGCGGGCGGGUGUUCGCGUCGCAUGCAGCAAGGCCACGGCAAAGCAGCCUGGAGUGGCGCCUGAACGAGGUGAAGAGGCAGCACCGAGAGGCGAGUCGCAGACACGGGAAAACGGCGAAGACGGCGAGGAAACAAGCAAAGGCAAAGAGGAGAAAGAGGAAGAAGGCCAGGGUUUCCGAGAACUGCUGUGUGAAAUCUCGCCGUGCGUGUCGUAUGGCGGCGAAGGCCUCGACGCCUUUGCUUCCCGUGGCAGUCUCCCGUCUACUGUGGCGCUUCCGUUUCUCUUUGAAGGCUAA